GAUGAAGGCAUAUGAAGUCAUACGACCUGUAACCGGACUGAUGCAUUGAAUCGUGAAAGCGCGGAGGCAAUUGUGAUUUUGACUCGCUCUACAAACAAGUUUUUGCACUCGAUUGGUAGGCCAUGGCGCACCUAGUAGGCGCGUCAUUGUCCAUUCCUGGCAGUGCAUGGAACCCGGAACAGGAAGAGAGCACGGAUGCUCAGGUCGUGUACCAUGUCCGCGCGACACGCGGAUAUCCGCAGGGUCGCGUGCGCAUCCUCUGCGAAGACGGCACCGACGUUUGGUGGGACGUUGCAAAGUUGCCCCAAGACUGGGUGAAGUCAAUGCCGAACCAGGCGCCGACUACGCCUACGGCCCAGACCCCCAGCCGCACACCGCGUCGUUCCGCUGCGGCCGCACCAGCGCCAGGCACCACGGCCACUCCUGGCACCACCGGCCGGCUCCGGGCCUCCAGCCGCAGUCGCCGCGCCUCCCGUGCAGCAGCUGAUGGCUAUGAUAGCUCUGGUGGCCUGCUCAGCGAAGGCGAGGGAGCGGCCGCCGCGGCCGUGCCGGCCACCGGGUCUCGCUCCGCACGCUCGCGGUCGCGCUCCACCGCCAAGGCGACCACACCGCUGGCCGCCCCGACCAUGAGCCCGGCCGCGCCGGUCGUGUCACUGGGCAACGGCGGCGCUGCGGGCGUGGAGCCCAUUGACAUCGGCGUCUUGUCCGGCGACGAGCCGCCUGCCACGGGCGUGCGGCAGCGCGGCCGCCAGCGCAAGUCGCUGCGCUUCGCGCCGGGCACCCACAGCCCCGGCGGUGCCGCCACAGCAGCAGUGUCAGCUACCCCGCGCGGCGCGACCGCCUUUGGCGCCGCGCACGACAGCGCCACCGCGCCCAGCUCACCGCUCAUGUCCCCGCGUGCGGCCGCAGCCUACGGCGACAUCAGCGCCGGGCUCGAAGCGUAUGAGGUGGAGGAUGCGGCAGCCAAGGGCUUCAGCUCGGAGCCGCCGCCGCUGCACUGGACGCGGCGCGUGCGUAACACGGUGCUAAUCGCGCUGGUGACGCUGCCGGCGCUGUACUUCUUCCGGGUGCUGCAGGGCGGCCCCGGCGGCUGUAGCGUGGCGCAGUGGAAGACGCCGCUUGCGAGCGUGUGGGCCAACGGAGGCGGCAUUGCUUCGCUCUUUAGCAUGGAUCUGUGGUGCGCGCUGGGUUACCAGCAGCCGCUGCUGGCGGUCAACCUGAUGUUCUUUCUCAACAUUGACGUCCUGUUCUGGGCCAUCAGCCUGUUGCAGGGCAGCACCUGGCUCAUCGAUCCCUUCUGGCAGAUCGCGCCGAUGAUGAUUGGCUUGUUCUACCAGUUCCACCCGCUGGCCGUCGCCCACCCGCUGCGUAGCCGCCUGGCCAUGGGCCUGCUCUGGAUCUGGGCGGUGCGCAUGACGCACUCGUACUUCCGCAGGGAGGAGUGGCAGGUGGGCGCACGUGAGGACUGGCGCUAUGCCCGCAUGGCGCAGCGGUACGGCCGCCGCAGCGCUAUGUGGGCGCUGGUGUCGUUCUUCGCGGUCGGGGUCACACAGCAGCUGAUGCUGGUGGGCAUCACGCUGCCGCUCCUGGCGGUUCACAGCUCUCCGGCGCCGUGGAACCCGGUGUGGGACACGCUCAUCUUCCUGGUCGCCGCGGCGGCUAUCAUGACCUCGCUCACGGCGGACAACCAGCUUCGUGUGUUCAUGCUGGAGAACCAGAAGCGCCGCAGCGCCGGCCUCGACCCCAUCCUGCUGUUGGACACUGGCUUGUGGCGUUACAGUCGCCACCCCAACUUCUUUGGCGAGCAGCUGUGGUGGUGGGCACUGGCCAGCUGGGCGGUGCUGCUGGGCCAGCCGUGGAUGGUGGUGGGUGCAGCCUUCAACACGCUGUGCUUUUUCCCCAUCACCUGGAUGACAGAGGCCCGCAUGCUGGAGCGCUCCGAGCGCCGGCCCUUCUACCAGCAUUACAUGAGCACGACCAGCAUGUGGGUGCCCUGGCCGCCUAAGGCGCAUGCUUAAGGCCUAACAGUCCCUUGUGGGCUGAUAUCGCAAUGAGGGAAGGGCAAGCGGGCGGACUGCUUUGACUACGAAACCUCAGCCACUUGGGUUAGGAUGUACUUGUCUGCAGCUUUCUAGUACGCGUUCACUGGUUGGCUAGUGCUGAUCCCUGGCGGGUAAGUAGGAGCCGAACGGUGCGGCUGCAGCAAAGGGCGCUGGGGUGCAAUUACAGGUUUGGGCACGGCAAGACCUUGUGUGCCAGCCUGGCGCCCGAUGAGCCGGGUUGAAUGUGGGUCGGACGAUUUAUAUUCAUUGUGUGGUUGCGCCCAAGAAUGGAGCUGAUGCUUGGUAUUUCCCUGAGCCAUGCUCCAGACAGCUCCAGACAACGGUCUAUGUGCAAGCGUACGUGUAUGUUUCGAUGCCAUACAGAGUGCAAGAUACGGCAUGUCAUUAUGUGCCAUGCGUUGCCCAACCUGGUCUAAUGCCGGGUGACCAUGACUUCGAAAGGCCGCCAUGGACCGCGUGGCAGGCAGUACCAGCAAGAGUGGGCUGUAAAGUGUACAUGAGGUUUGUUUAGCCCUCUUGCACUGUUCCGGUUAUUGCCUGUGCUGGUCGUAGAUCAAACACAUUGUUGCUUCGUAUGGGAAUGCGGCGAUCGAGGAUGGCUAUCGAGCCUCAGUGGCCUUCGGUCGGUCGGCCGGACAGUGAUAGUCCGCUGGCAUGGGUGGGCUGUCUAGGGCUGUCACGUGUUACCGCAUCCGUCAUCAGUCGGCCAUGUGGGUGGAGCCGGCAGCCCGCGUGCGCGAAGGGACAUACGCCGUAUAGUAAGGGGCAGGAAGAGCACACGGUGGAAGGACAGGCACAAGACAGGCGGACAAACAGCAACGGGGGCACCGGGGCAGUGGGGACUCGCGCUUAUGAACCU